AUGACGGCUGAAGUCCGCUGGCCUCGGUCCCCGGACUUCCCGGGCUGGACCGCUGGAGCUCCCUGCGAGCGCCCGGGCGCGGGCAGCUCGGCGGCCGGCACGGUUGCCACCAACGGAAGGGACGGAGGCGGGCGGCACCCAGGGCCGCUGCCGCGCAACCGGGACGCAGUGCCCGCGGCCCUUCCGCCCGGCGCGAGGUCCCGGGCGGCGCGCACACGUGGACGCGGCCGAGGGCCCCGCGCCCGGCCACAGGAGGGGGACCGGACGGACCGCUCGCAGAGGUUCUGGGAAGAAGUCCCUGGAGGCGAAGCCAGUCCAGCCUCUUUCCUCCGGUUGUUUGAUUUUCUGGUACUUAUUUGUUUUGGAACCGGCGCUCGCGGGUCCCCGCGCAGCGCUGGGAAGUUGCGGGGCGCGUGGGUGUGGGCCCUGCAGCGGCACCCUCGGGCCCUGGCCGGGCUGGGCGCCCGAGAAAAGGGAGGAGACGGGGGGGGGGGCCUGGCUCCCCACGCCUCGCCCAGGGCCCGGCCGCGCGGGCGGGGUGCUGCCCUUAAGUGCUUUCCCCUUCGCCUUUGGGACUUCACACGGAGAGGGAGGCGGCCCGGAGGGGCGGGAGCCUUGAACCUGCCCAGGGGGAAGAGAAACCCGCCUGCGGGCUCGGAGCCGUUUCUUGCAAGGCGAGCGUCAACCAGGCAGGGAUUGUUAACCAGCAUCUACAGUAGUGACGAGGAUGAUGAAGACAUUGACAUGUGUGACCACGACUAUGACGGGCUGCUCCCCAAGUCUGGAAAGCGUCACUUGGGGAAAACGAGGUGGACCCGGGAAGAGGAUGAAAAGCUAAAGAAACUGGUGGAACAGAAUGGAACAGAUGACUGGAAAGUUAUUGCCAAUUACCUCCCGAAUCGAACAGACGUGCAGUGCCAGCACCGAUGGCAGAAAGUGCUAAACCCUGAGCUCAUCAAAGGUCCUUGGACCAAAGAAGAAGAUCAGAGAGUGAUAGAGCUUGUUCAGAAAUACGGUCCGAAACGUUGGUCUGUUAUUGCCAAGCACUUAAAGGGGAGAAUUGGAAAGCAAUGUAGGGAGAGGUGGCAUAACCACUUGAAUCCAGAAGUUAAGAAAACCUCCUGGACAGAAGAGGAAGACAGAAUUAUUUACCAGGCACACAAGAGGCUGGGGAACAGAUGGGCAGAAAUCGCAAAGCUACUGCCUGGACGAACUGAUAAUGCUAUCAAGAACCACUGGAAUUCUACAAUGCGUCGGAAGGUCGAACAGGAAGGCUAUCUGCAGGAGUCUUCUAAAGCCAGCCAGCCAGCAGUGGCCACAAGUUUUCAGAAGAACAGUCAUUUGAUGGGCUUUGCUCACACCCCACCUUCAGCUCAGCUCACCCCGGCGGGCCAGCCCUCAGUUAACAAUGACUAUUCCUAUUACCACAUUUCUGAAGCACAGAAUGUCCCAUAUCCUGUAGCGUUACAUGUAAAUAUAGUCAAUGUCCCUCAGCCAGCUGCUGCAGCCAUUCAGAGACACUAUAAUGAUGAAGACCCUGAGAAAGAAAAGCGAAUAAAGGAGUUAGAGUUGCUCCUCAUGUCGACCGAGAAUGAGCUCAGAGGACAGCAGGUCCCGACACAGAACCACACGUGCAGCUACCCCGGCUGGCACAGCACCACCAUUGCUGACCACACCAGACCCCAUGGAGACAGUGCACCUGUUUCCUGUUUGGAAGAACACCACUCCACUGCGUCUCUGCCUGCGGAUCCCGGCUCCCUCCCUGAAGAGAGCGCGUCUCCAGCGAGGUGCAUGAUCGUCCACCAAGGCACCAUUCUGGACAAUGUUAAGAACCUCUUAGAAUUUGCAGAAACACUUCAGUUUAUAGAUUCUGAUUCUUCAUCACGGUGUGAUCUCAGCAGUUUUGAGUUCUUUGAAGAAGCAGAUUUUUCUCCUAGCCAACAUCAUGCAGGCAAAGCCCUACAGCUUCAGCAAAGAGAGGGCAGUGUGACUAGACCUGCAGGAGAGCCUAGCACGAGGGUGAACAAACGCAAGUUGAGUGAGGGUUCGCCCGACCCGAUCACGCCUGCCCCUCCUGCGAGGCACAGCACAAUUCCACUGGUCAUCCUUCGAACAAAGCGGGGCCAGGCCGGCCCCUUGGCCCCUGGAGACUCUAGCUCCUUCACAUCUGCUGACGUCAGCAGUUCAACUCCCCAGCGUUCCCCUGUCAAAAGCCUACCCUUCUCCCCCUCGCAGUUCUUAAACACUUCCAGUAACCAUGAAAACUUAGACUUGGAAAUGCCUUCUUUAACUUCCACCCCUCUCAAUGGUCACAAAUUGACUGUUACAACACCAUUUCAUAGAGACCAGACUGUGAAAACCCAAAAGGAAAAUGCUAUUUUUAGAACUCCAGCUAUCAAAAGGUCAGUCCUGGAAAGCUCUCCGAGAACUCCUACACCCUUCAAACAUGCACUCGCAGCUCAAGAAAUUAAAUACGGUCCCCUGAAGAUGCUACCUCAGACGCCGUCUCAUCUAGUAGAAGACCUGCAGGACGUGAUCAAGCAGGAAUCCGAUGAGUCUGCCGUUGUUGCUGAGUUUCAAGAAAAUGGGCCACCUCUACUGAAGAAGAUCAAGCAAGAGGUGGAAUCUCCAACUGAUAAAGCAGGAAACUUCUUCUGCUCAAACCACUGGGAAGGGGAGAGUCUGAACACCCAGCUGUUCACACAGGCUUCGCCUGUGGCAGAUGUGCCAAAUAUUCUUACCAGUUCCGUUUUAAUGACGCCAGUCUCAGAAGAUGAAGACAAUGUUCUCAAAGCAUUUACAGUACCUAAGAACAGGUCCCUGGCGAGUCCCUUGCAGCCCUGCAGCAGCGCCUGGGAAGCCGCAUCCUGUGGGAAGACGGAGGAGCAGGUGACGGCCUCGGGGCAGGCCCGGAAGUACGCCAACGCCUUCUCGACCCGGACUCUGGUCAUGUGAGGCGUUUCUGACAAGCAUUAUGGUUUCCAGAACACUGCAAGUUGACUUGGGAUUGAUCAUCCUCUCCAUGAGACUUUUCACGAGUGGGAGAAGAGCCUAUUUUUGUUGUGGUACAACAGUCGAGAGCGGCACCAAGUGCAUUUAGGUGGGUGAAAUCUGAUCAGAUUUCACCCAACUAAAAGGAUUUUUAAAAAAAAAAUAACUGUCUUACCUAAAUUAUUAGGUAAUGAAUUGUAGUCAGUUGUUAAUAUCUUAAUGCAGAUUUGUUUAAACAUGAAAUGAUUUAUCUGUAUUUUAGAGGAUCCAACAGACCAGUAUUUUUUCCUGUGAUGAGGUUUUUGAAAUUUUACACAAAAAAAGGUACUCCAAUAUUUCACUUUUCUCAGUCACUAAACACAAUGCAUUACUAUAAAUGUUGGCUUGAUACCAUGGGAUCAUUAAUCGAGAUAUGUCGAUGCUCAUUUAUGGUUGCUAAUGUUGGAAGUACAUUUAUUGUACUAAACCAUUUUAUGAGCUUUUUGUUAGCUUGCUUUAAAGAUUAUUACUGUAUGAAAUAGUUUUAUAAAAAAUUAUAUUUUUAUUCAGUAAUUUAAUUUUGUAAAUGCCAAAUGAAAACUGUGUUUUGCUGCUAUGGUCUUAGCCUGUAGACGUGCUGCUAGUGUCAGAGGGGCAGUAGAGCUUUGACGGAAAGUAAAGGAACUUGGUGUUAGGUAAUUGACUAUGCACUAGUAUUUCAGACUUUUUUAUUUUUUAUAUAUAUAUACUUUUUUUCCUUUUGUAACACAUUGAAAAACUUGUUUGGGAGAUUUUGCAUUCAUCGUUGUUGUUUUCUUUUUUGUUUAUUGUUGGUUUAUAAGAGCAUGCGUUGCACUUCUUUUUUGGGAGAUCUGUGUUGUUGAUGUUCUGUGUUUUGUUUUGAGUUCAGCCUGUUCUUUAAUUCAGGGGUCGUGUGUUUGCUCCCCAUCCCAGUGGUUUCUGCGCGUCUGGUCUCAGAACUGCCACACGGAGCCUGUGUCUGUAGCUGGGGUUGGGAGAUUGGGAUCGAUAGCCAGUUGCUGCCUUCAGAACAUUUGGUGCACGACGGCCGGCACUGAACUUUUGAUAUGACAGUGUACUUACUGCCUGGUAGUGAAAUAAAGCUGUGCCCUUAUUUUACUUA